AGACACAUCACUCGCACACGCAGAGGCGUGUCCAGCACGACGCUGGAGGCUCUAUUUCCGGGUGCAGUUACAUCUGCUGGUUGCUCAAGUUAUUCCUGUACGUAAGUUAACUUUGGCGCCUUGGCUGCUUUCCACAACACUUCGUGGAAGAGGCAGCCUCCAUGACUCUCAGUACCCAGACGUGACCAACUGCAGAGACAGAGGGCUUAUAAAAGCUUAUGUGACCACAGCAAAACAAUAAUAAACUAAUAUCUCUGGUCGAUAAAUCACCACAAGAUUAUGUGUCAACUGGUUCCGGAGAUACAGAGAUGAGAUGACAUAACAUACACAUUCCCUUUAAGCCCCCAGGGAUUGCAGGCUGAUAAGUGGAGAAAAUAACAGGAAGUGGCCUAAAUCGAAUACAAACAAAGGGCGAGGAUGGCCCCUGAGAUCCAGGCAGUGGUGCAUGCUACCCAAACCUGGCUGCAGUCCUCCCGGCACAUCCAGGUGCCCUUUGCCUGGCUGGAAGCCUGCGUGGAGUGGCUGCAGGAAGAAGCAGGAGGAGCAGGUCGUCUGUCACAGCAGCAAAUCAACCAACAGGCGCUGGACCAGUGGUUGUUGACGGACCUCAGGGACCUAAGCUACCCUGUUCUCCCCGAAGGACUCUCUCAGGUCCAGAAGACUGAACUCAGCGGGACCUUCUGUAUCCAGGUUGACUCGGUACUGGACAUCAGUCAGCCUGCAUAUGGUCAGAUGCAGAAGUGGAGGGGCUCAGAUUGUGCCAACGACGAGGUGUCUGCUGUCACACAGUUCACCCAGAGGCCCUGGGAAGCCAGACCAACCCGUAUGCUACUAUUGCAGGUGACAGAUGGAGUCCAGAGCUUGGAGGCCAUGGAGUAUCAGUCUGUCCCUGCACUCAGCACAGCUCUAAGGCCUGGUGUGAAGCUGCAGCUGCAAGGGCAGAUGGUCUGCAGACUCGGGAUGCUUCUGUUGGGGCCGAACAACAUCAAGGUUCUGGGUGGUGAAGUGGAGGACCUGGUGGAGAGGAAUAACCAGGGCAAGGUGCUGUGUCGGACGCUGGGACUUCCUGAGGAGCAGCAGGAGGGCGGAGAGGCCCCCCCAGCACCACGACGAGGAAACCAGGAAGUGGAGGACCUGGAGCUAGAUGAUGCAGAACUGUUGGCCAGUCUGGAGCCCCAUGAGGAAGGGGAAAGGGUUCAUGUGGGGUCGGUUCCAGACAGUGGCUACGGUACGCUCAAUGAGACCUCCACUCAGUCCUCGAGAAGCUCCUCUGUCAGGAGCCUUGUCUCAACAGCCUCAUCCAGAACUGAAGCCUCUGCCCGCUCUUACAGAAGUGGUUUGGCCCACAGCAACAGAGGUGGUUCGGUUCAAGGUCAUCGCCACGGUAACGAACAAAAGAUCUCAGACCACAACAUGGCAGUCGAAGACUUUCCUGAUGAAGACUUUGACAAUCUUCCUCUGGAUGAGUUGGACAAUGUUGUUUUUCAACAAAGUAACAAUGUUACCAUGCAGUCUGUCAGCGGUCCCAGCAGCUCGCCACAGAGCAGCGACAGAAUAACGGGAAAUCCUCACAGGGCAACAAAAGCCCAAACUGCUCAGUUUGAACAGAACACUUUGAAUGGCGCUGGCUCACGGCUUGGUUCUAGCAACUCAAGAUCCACCACACAGAAAAGAGACUAUCAAGGCUGUAUUAAGGAAUCUUCAGGGCAGGUUUCUUCCCCAGCAGCAGCUUUACAGCCAUCAGAUGAGUUAGGCUUUGUUACUAACGAUGAGAGGGAUUUCAUGGAUGACGAUAUGGACUGCUUACUUGCAGAGGUAGAAACUGGUUUGACUGGACGGUCAAAUCAGCUCCAAGUUCAACAGGGACCAAGCAGAGACCAAGAGAGCUUUACCAACAAAACAGAAACUUCAGGCUCCAGUCGUAGACUCACCAGCGACUCAUCAAGAAGUGUAACAGAAAGUUUUUCUUUUGAGAGCUCACACAACGCACCUCAGGGGCAAAAUUAUAACCCAAACACUGCAGAAUUUGAUAGACUAUCUGUUAAAAUAGACCCACAGAGUGACAGCUUGGUUCCGGCUCUCACUCUGACCUCUCCACCUUUUACAUAUUUGUGCCUGCUAGAGGAGAUGAUGUCCAAACCACAACCUCACACCACAGAGAUCCGAGUCAAAGCUUUCAUUGUGACUCUGGUGGGGAAACUGAGCAGCAACAACGGCCUCUGGCGCAUCUGCGCCACCAUAUCCGAUGGAAGCGGUUACCUGGACGUGGAGCUGUCCGAUCAGGUUUUGACGGGCCUGCUGGGCUUCUCUGUGGCGGGAAAGGCGGUUUUGAAACGUGACCCAGCCCGGAGAGGUGAGCUGGACACUGGCAUGAGGAGGUGUCAGGAGGAGCUGGUGGACAUGUGCUGUGUUAUGACCAUCGAGCUUGAACCAGACGGCAGAAAAGCUGUGGUGACCAAGGCGGACCCGGUCAAUGAGAAAGUAUUCCAAGAGCUGGAGCAGAGGGUGAGAGACAGGAGAAAAUAGACAGAGGAGUGGUUGAGGGAAAGUGGGCGAUAAUGAGAAAAUUACAGGCAGCGGAGAAGAAUAUAUUGCUUUGAGCAGAGAUGAAAAAUUGCAAAUAUAAGCAUCACCUAAAAAAAUUCUCCCUCAUGUAAUAAACUAAGGUGUUUUUUGGUUUUUUUAAAGAUUGGUGAUCAACCUGCCCUUCUGCUUUAGAUUUGUAGAGCAGAAUGUGUGAACUGGAUGUCUGAUGACAAGCAGGCUAUGUGUUGCAAUGCAUCCCAUCUGCUAUAUGUGAAUGUGACAUUCUGUCAUUUGUCAUUACAGGAUUUCAUUCAUCUAUUCAAAGACCUUUUUUUCUGCUUGAAAUGCACUGCAUCACUCCCAAGCAAAUUAAAACAGAUCUAUAAUAUCUACAAUGUGAAGUAAGUUCAAACUUCCAGGUUGUAUGUAACAUUAACAACUCUGUGAAGAGAGGAGAGAAGCAUGUAAGAUUAGAGAAGGGAAUCGGGGGAGAAAAUAAUUUGUACUCUGAUUGUUGUAAUGAAUUGCCAGCCUUUGCAUUCAUUCAGUACAUCCAUUACUUCUGACUGAAAAAUUAUUGAAUAUCCAAGGGCAGCAUGGGUCUUUAAUAAACUCCCCCGGAGGAGAUGAGAGGAAAGGGAGAUAAAGGAGAGGCCAUGAUUUCCGAUUAUUUCUGUUCAUUUCUGUUCAUUACAGAGCCUUGUCUGUUUUUGUCUUUGAUGAAUAAACCCCAAAUUUGAUGCCGUGCCUGUAUUUACUGUAUAUUGAAAUAAAAUUGUUCUGAAGGUUUUACUAUUUUUUGACUAAUAAGACAUGCUUGAAGUAAGGGCUUGCUGCUAAUUUUAUCUUUUUAUUCUCCUUGACAAAUGAGUAUUGUAUUCCUCAAGAAUAACUAUAAAAACAAUAACUGGACACGGUUGCAGUGUUUCAUUUGGUUUGUAAUAGCUUUAUUAAACACAUCUUUGGGAUAUUCAUAGUUUAGGCACACAUAACAGUAAUCAAAUGUAGCCCUGCAGUAUUAUGUGGUUGUGUAGCUCUUCAGAUGUGUCUGAAACGUCU